AUGUCAGUGACCAAUUUUGGCCGUGGGCUAAGGCCUUGGAGGAAUGUCGUGGUGACCUGCAGGGCCGAGGCCAGCCCGACCACAGCAGCGGGCUGGUGGGGUCGCAUGCGCAGGUGCAAGGCGAUGCAAAGAAAGUUGAAGGUUUUCUCGAGAAGGAGGAAGCCUCUUUCAUUGCCGAGGCAGACAGCUGAAGCUAAGGAAGCAGAAGCCCAAGUUGAGGUAUGGCCAAAGGAAUGCGACGGCUGUUCCGCAGUUUGUCAGAUCCGCACCUGCUCGAUCGUCUCGACAUGUCUCCACCGAAUGGCUUCCUGGAGCGCAAACAGCCUGGCCAUCUUUGGUCCUCCAUGGGGCCGUGCUGGGGCCGAGCUGAAGAUCAUGGCUGCCAUCGAGGCAAAGCUACCAGGUUGCGUGUACUUCGUCCUCAUGGGAAGCCAUCUUGUAGAGGCCGGAGAUACAAACGAGGUCACCGGAACACAAAGCGCACUCCUGAAGAUUGCAAAUGUCAAAGGGUUGGCAUGCGACGGCGGGACUUGCGAGGAAGGAGCCUUCAUGCAGCUUCGCUCCACGGCAAAUGCCUCCUUGCUGGGGCUGCUGGGCAGCCAUGGCACACCAGAGGGCCUGGAGCAGAUGAAAGCGAGCAUCCGCAGCAUGGCCGCGAGUCGUUUGAACGGCAGCGCCUCCCCCUUCAACAUGAGUCAAUCCUCGGUGGUCCCACUCCUCGAAGCAAUCCAAGAAAACAUGAACGUUCUCAUCGAGGAUAUCCGGGCCUCUGCGCAGAGCGACAGGGAUGACCUUGAGCUGGCGGGGCAGGCUUUUGGGCAAUGCAACACGGACCUUGCCAACCGCCCACCGAUCACCGUCACCACACUCCCUCCCACUGUGAUUGCGGCAGGGGACGCCCACGACACGUGCCGGGAUGAAGAGGCAAACAAGAAACAGGCUCGGGAUGAUGCACUGGCUGCGUUUCGGGUGGGCAUGCAAAAUCUCCAGGCGAGUAGGACUGGAGCGUUGGUGGACUGCCUCGGAAAGUUGGCAGAGACUCCGAUCCCUUACAUUGAACCGCUGGAUGGCGACGAGGCGCUGGACUGCGCCAACCCAGUCCAGCAGUGGCUGUUCGAUUUUUCCGAAGAUGUGACGGACAAAAAUGCGGCCUACAAGGAUGCGGAGGCGGCUUACGCGCCCCAGAAGUCCGAGUGCGACGAGAGGCAGCACUUUCUGGAAAGCCGUUUCUGCACCUUUCGCGGCCAGCUGAUGGUGAGCUGUGCGGCUCUGAACCAGUGCUUCACCGACGCCCAGAACUCCCUCACCGCCCUGUGGACCAUCGUGCAGCAGUCCAUCACCAGAAGGCUUGUGGCCUUCAAGUCAGCUUCGCAGGUGAAGUGCUAUAUCAACAUCUUGCAACAGGAUACCCUGACCGAGGCCGCGCUGAACGACUGCGACACCAACCAGCCGGACUCCACAACCCUGACGGUGACGCAGCCGGCGCCGGCAUCGCAGGAGACCUGCGACACAACGCUGGUGGAUGAGCACCCAUGCACGCAGUCGUGGAUCAACACGUACUACACGAGCAAAGAUUGGCACGGCAACGUCGAACAGGUCACCUGCCUUCCCUGCGACGACCAUGACAAGACUGCCGCAUCUUUCAAGGAACUUCAAGUUCAAGAUGGGAGUACUUCUCCAAUCGCGCUCGAUGCCUUCGCGUUCGCGGCACACGACUCGGAGCCGAAGGCCUUCCUCUAUGGUGGCCGGGACACCUACCCUACCUACCAUACGGCCAUGUGGACGCUCACAUUGGAUGCGGCAACAUCCUCAGUGCAGUGGACGUCAAGCUCAGUGACGGCAGGCGGCCCGGGAGAUAAAUGGGGAUCUACGGCCGUGUGGACCGGUGAGAGUGUGCUAGUUUUCGGUGGCCGUCAAGGAGCGUCCGAGGACAUCUCCAACCACCUGUAUGAAUUUAUCCCGGGCUCCCCCGACACCUGGAGCGAAGUUCCACCUGCCAGUUCUGGGCUUAAGAGGUGGCUCCACACGGCAGUCUGGAAGCCAGACACCAAGACCAUGCUGGUGUUUGGUGGAAGCAGCACCACAAGCGAUGGAGACGUCUCAAAUUCCGUUUCCAAGUACACUUGGAGGGGCUUGGCGAGCGGAUCAUGGUUGGACGGGGUGGUCCCCGGCACCGCCCCUGCAGCCCGGCAAGGUCAUGGGGCUGUUUGGGCCGGCGGGACCUUGUCCAAGAUGCUGAUCUUCGGGGGUCGGGGCGCCGGCAUCAUGAACGAUCUAUGGGCCUUUAGCCCAACGGACGAUUCAUGGGAGGAGCUGAUCCCGAGCGAUGCUGCCGGCUCACCCCCGACAAGGUAUGCCAUGUCAGCUGUGUGGGCUGACUCCCUUAACGCCAUGGUGGUGUUUGGAGGACAAAGCAAUGGCGCCCCUGUAAACGACCUUUGGCAAUACACGACCGCAGCGGGUUGGGAAAUGCUAAUUGCAGACCCCAAGCCCUCGCAACGCCGCCUUGCAGGAGCUGUCUGGGUGCCUCAUCAGCAGGCCGCAGGGAUUAGUGAUCAAGAGACGUGUUGUGAGUUGACUGUGGGUUGCAAAUUGAUCAAAUUGGGUGUGGACAUUGUCUUGGCUCUUGACUUCCGUUCCCGUCCUGCAGGCCAUGGUAAUCUUCGGUGGCACCCACGUCUCGGUACGCCUCGGCGACGCCUGGCAGUUGCAGCUGUAGUGCUCCCGUCUGGUGUGUCCUUCCCGGUGCAUGCGAGCCAGUCGCAGCACGCACUCCUGAAGAUUGCAAAUGUCAAAGGGUUGGCAUGCGACGGCGGGACUUGCGAGGAAGGAGCCUUCAUGCAGCUUCGCUCCACGGCAAAUGCCUCCUUGCUGGGGCUGCUGGGCAGCCAUGGCACACCAGAGGGCCUGGAGCAGAUGAAAGCGAGCAUCCGCAGCAUGGCCGCGAGUCGUUUGAACGGCAGCGCCUCCCCCUUCAACAUCAGUCAAUCCUCGGUGGUCCCACUCCUCGAAGCAAUCCAAGAAAACAUGAACGUUCUCAUCGAGGAUAUCCGGGCCUCUGCGCAGAGCGACAGGGAUGACCUUGAGCUGGCGGGGCAGGCUUUUGGGCAAUGCAACACGGACCUUGCCAACCGCCCACCGAUCACCGUCACCACACUCCCUCCCACUGUGAUUGCGGCAGGGGACGCCCACGACACGUGCCGGGAUGAAGAGGCAAACAAGAAACAGGCUCGGGAUGAUGCACUGGCUGCGUUUCGGGUGGGCAUGCAAAAUCUCCAGGCGAGUAGGACUGGAGCGUUGGUGGACUGCCUCGGAAAGUUGGCAGAGACUCCGAUCCCUUACAUUGAACCGCUGGAUGGCGACGAGGCGCUGGACUGCGCCAACCCAGUCCAGCAGUGGCUGUUCGAUUUUUCCGAAGAUGUGACGGACAAAAAUGCGGCCUACAAGGAUGCGGAGGCGGCUUACGCGCCCCAGAAGUCCGAGUGCGACGAGAGGCAGCACUUUCUGGAAAGCCGUUUCUGCACCUUUCGCGGCCAGCUGAUGGUGAGCUGUGCGGCUCUGAACCAGUGCUUCACCGACGCCCAGAACUCCCUCACCGCCCUGUGGACCAUCGUGCAGCAGUCCAUCACCAGAAGGCUUGUGGCCUUCAAGUCAGCUUCGCAGGUGAAGUGCUAUAUCAACAUCUUGCAACAGGAUACCCUGACCGAGGCCGCGCUGAACGACUGCGACACCAACCAGCCGGACUCCACAACCCUGACGGUGACGCAGCCGGCGCCGGCAUCGCAGGAGACCUGCGACACAACGCUGGUGGAUGAGCACCCAUGCACGCAGUCGUGGAUCAACACGUACUACACGAGCAAAGAUUGGCACGGCAACGUCGAACAGGUCACCUGCCUUCCCUGCGACGACCAUGACAAGACUGCCGCAUCUUUCAAGGAACUUCAAGUUCAAGAUGGGAGUACUUCUCCAAUCGCGCUCGAUGCCUUCGCGUUCGCGGCACACGACUCGGAGCCGAAGGCCUUCCUCUAUGGUGGCCGGGACACCUACCCUACCUACCAUACGGCCAUGUGGACGCUCACAUUGGAUGCGGCAACAUCCUCAGUGCAGUGGACGUCAAGCUCAGUGACGGCAGGCGGCCCGGGAGAUAAAUGGGGAUCUACGGCCGUGUGGACCGGUGAGAGUGUGCUAGUUUUCGGUGGCCGUCAAGGAGCGUCCGAGGACAUCUCCAACCACCUGUAUGAAUUUAUCCCGGGCUCCCCCGACACCUGGAGCGAAGUUCCACCUGCCAGUUCUGGGCUUAAGAGGUGGCUCCACACGGCAGUCUGGAAGCCAGACACCAAGACCAUGCUGGUGUUUGGUGGAAGCAGCACCACAAGCGAUGGAGACGUCUCAAAUUCCGUUUCCAAGUACACUUGGAGGGGCUUGGCGAGCGGAUCAUGGUUGGACGGGGUGGUCCCCGGCACCGCCCCUGCAGCCCGGCAAGGUCAUGGGGCUGUUUGGGCCGGCGGGACCUUGUCCAAGAUGCUGAUCUUCGGGGGUCGGGGUGCCGGCAUCAUGAACGAUCUAUGGGCCUUUAGCCCAACGGACGAUUCAUGGGAGGAGCUGAUCCCGAGCGAUGCUGCCGGCUCACCCCCGACAAGGUAUGCCAUGUCAGCUGUGUGGGCUGACUCCCUUAACGCCAUGGUGGUGUUUGGAGGACAAAGCAAUGGCGCCCCUGUAAACGACCUUUGGCAAUACACGACCGCAGCGGGUUGGGAAAUGCUAAUUGCAGACCCCAAGCCCUCGCAACGCCGCCUUGCAGGAGCUGUCUGGGUGCCUCAUCAGCAGGCCAUGGUAAUCUUCGGUGGCACCCACGUCUCGGUACGCCUCGGCGACGCCUGGCAGUUGCAGCUGUAG